GGGAAAAAAAAAAAUCAUUUUGGGUUGGAAGAAGAUGAGGGUAUUGUUGCUCAGCAACACCACCACACUCUCACUAUCUUCACUACCACCACCGCGAACCCCAAAAUCCCCAAUUCGAUCCAAUUUCAGACGCAAUUCAAUCAAUUGGGCCGAGAAAGCUCUAGUUGGAGCCCUAGGUGGUGCUCUGUCGUUCAGUCUUUUGGUCUCUUCGCCUUCUUCUUCCAUAGCGAUUGAGUUUUCUUCUUCUUCCUCCGUUCAAGUUCAUCCUUCUUCGCAGCCACCGGAGUUUUGCAGCGAAGAUGAAGGAGAUGAAACGGCCGAGUUAGGGUCCGAACCGGCGGUGACCAGUGAGGGGAUUGUGGAGGAAGCUUGGGAAAUCGUCAAUGACAGCUUUCUCAACACCAGUCGCUCUCGCUCGUUCCCGGAAACUUGGCAGAGGAAAAAGGAAGACAUAAGGAGUAGUUCAAUAAAGACAAGAUCAAAGGCUCAUGAUACGAUUAAGCGAAUGUUGGCCAGCUUGGGUGACCCUUAUACCCGAUUUCUUUCGCCUGACGAGUUCUCCAAGAUGGCGAGGUAUGACAUGAGUGGUAUUGGAAUAAACCUCAGGGAAGUUCCAGAUGACAAUGGAGAUGUGAAAUUGAAGGUUCUAGGACUUGUAUUAGAUGGCCCUGCACAUUCUGCUGGUGUGAGACAGGGGGAUGAAGUACUAGCUGUUAAUGGAUUGGAUGUGAAAGGGAAAUCAGCCUUUGAAGUAUCAUCGAUGAUGCAAGGUCCUAACGAAACCUUCGUUACUAUUAAGGUCAAGCAUGGAAAUUGUGGGCCUAUUCAAUCUAUUGAAGUCCAAAGACAACUUGUUGCUCGAACGCCUGUCUCUUAUCGGUUGGAACAAAUAGAAAAUGGAACCAGAUCUGUUGGAUACACGCGCGUAAAAGAGUUCAAUGCAUUGGCUAGAAAAGACUUGGUAACAGCUAUGAAGCGACUUCAGGACAUGGGUGCAUCAUACUUUAUUCUGGAUCUUAGAGAUAAUCGUGGUGGACUAGUACAGGCUGGAAUAGAAAUUGCCAAGCUAUUUUUGAAUGAAGGGGAGACGGUGAUUUAUACUGAUGGGAAGGAUCCUGAAUACCAACAAAGUAUUGUUGCAGAUACUGCACCAUUAGUUACAGCUCCUGUUAUUGUUUUGGUGAACAACAAUACUGCUAGUGCAAGUGAAAUUGUUGCUUCAGCUUUGCAUGAUAAUUGUAGAGGUGUUCUUGUUGGUGAACGGACAUUUGGCAAGGGUUUGAUUCAAUCUGUGUUUGAACUUCGUGAUGGCUCUGGUGUGGUUGUAACUGUUGGGAAGUAUGUUACGCCAAAACAUAAGGACAUAAAUGGCAAUGGAAUAGAACCUGAUUAUCGAAAUUUCCCAGCUUGGAGUGACGUCACACAACAUCUUUCACGGUGUAAUAUGCUUCAGCGGGGAUAGAUCAGUGGUUGACACAGUUCUUUCUUACCUUUGAUUCUUCUGGACAUGUUUCUACCUUUAAUUGAAUAAUAGUCAAACGCAGAAUCUGUUAGCAUGAAAGCUGCAGCAGUAUUCCCACUUUGGAAAACAUCAACUUCCUUUGUCAAUAUGCCUAUAAGAGAUUGACAAGGUGUAUGGAACUCUUAGUUUUGAGUUCUGUACUGAAACAUGUCUCUGGUGCAAGUCAGCUUACCGAAGGAUCCAAGGAGUGCUCACAUGGGGAAAUUUGAAUUGGAGAAGACCCUGGAGGUGGGGGUGGAAUUUGGGACCGAUACUAGUGUAGGAAAAUAUGCUGUACAUUUUUCAUACAUAAAUGUAUUUGAGACCAAAUUUCAACCAAUAUAAUUAAGACUUUUAAUUA